AUGCGUCGAGGUCCUGUCGAUAAGAUAAACUCUGUACCAUCUAAUACACAAUUCAAGAAAUCAGCAAGUAUGGAGACACGAACCAACCAAGAUUCUACAAAAGAUUCAAUCAAAUUUAUCCCUCCUAAACAAAUUUUAGGAAGCAAUGCAUUGAGAAUUCCAAGAAUUCCCAAAUCACGUACAUCUUUAAAAGAUCAAUUAUUACAUGUGGAAAUUUCUAAGCAAAAUGUUUUAUUGAAUCAGGACAAAUAUUCCAAGCUUACCAGAGCCGGGAAUUUACCAUCCAGACCGGGAAAUGAUGCGAAGACAAAUUCAAUUGUGAAAGCUUUCAAAGUACAUUUGGAACCGAGAGCUAUACAAACUGUCUCACCACCUGAUAGGACUCGUCAACUCAAUUCACCAAUGGUAGCAUUUGCGAUGACAGGUGAAACGCACACUUCCAAGAAAGAAAAUACCAAAGAAGCAGAAAUUAAACCUACAACUAAUAUUUUUAUAAAAAAUAGUACAAAGCAAGAUGCUCACCGAAUAUCCGGUGUGAAAUUUCAACACAACAGAAACGAUCAUGAGCAGAUGAAAGCAAGAAGCACUAGUCGACAAAGAUCUUUUAUACCGCUCUAUACAACACCAUCUCGAAGAUUGCCUGCAAGAAAAUCAGGUACCGAGACGGGCCAGGCACCUUUAGCGGAGUGUGAAUCAUCUUGUAUUGAAAAUUCGCCAGCUGUUGAAGUGCCUCCCAUAAAAUUUAUCACAAAUAAAAUUCAUCAUAUGUGCAUAGAAGAAAGUUCGGAAGACGGAGCUACAGAAUCACAGUCAUUGAAUCCGAGCUCGUCAACAAACUCAGUGAGAGAAGCUUGCAGUAACCAAUUUUUGAACAGUAAGUCGACUUACAACUGUGACAAGGCAACAAGGGAAGGAUCAUUAGAUGAUAGAAGAAAGAAUGACUGUACAACGACCAAUGUUGCACUAUCAAACAUUAUGAUAAAUAAUGAUUUACCAAAUAAUCUUUCCAAUGAUUGCUCCUGUGACAAUGAUGUCAAAUCAGGGAGUAGUCCCAAUGACUUCGUUUCACCAACUCCUAUGACAUCUUCUGGAUUUACAACAUCUUCUGGUUUUCAAGAUUCUCCUGAUAAAUCUCCAGAUAAGGAUGCCGAAUUGAAUGAGCAAUUUGCCGAUAUGACUAUCAUCCAAAAAGUGUUGAAAAAUUUAAAGUAUUGCGUGCGAAUAGGCAGUGAGGAAGGAGGAAGACGGGCAGAGGAGGCGAUGGAUGAUGACGCUGCAGGCGACGAUGAUGACGUUGACACUUAUAUUGAAUUUAAUUUAAGUCUUUUGAGAAAUUUGAUUCCAUCGAACAACAUUCUUAGAGCAGGUCGAUCUCGUUCACGACGGCCACCAUCACACGAUCAUGAUCAAGGACCGGUUACUUCACCAAAUUCUGCGUCAGCUCACUAUAAGUAA